AAAUGUGAGACAAGAAAGGAGUGAUGGUGUUAACCAGUUUUCUGCUCACUUGACAGGUGUGGGAUUAUGAGACUGGAGAUUUUGAACGAACUCUUAAGGGGCAUACAGACUCUGUACAGGACAUUUCAUUUGAUCACAGCGGCAAGCUUCUGGCUUCCUGUUCUGCAGAUAUGACCAUAAAACUAUGGGAUUUUCAGGGCUUUGAAUGCAUCAGAACCAUGCACGGCCAUGACCACAAUGUUUCUUCAGUAGCCAUCAUGCCCAAUGGAGAUCAUAUAGUGUCUGCCUCAAGGGAUAAAACUAUAAAAAUGUGGGAAGUGCAAACUGGCUACUGUGUGAAGACAUUCACAGGACAUAGAGAAUGGGUACGUAUGGUACGGCCAAAUCAGGAUGGCACUCUGAUAGCCAGCUGUUCCAAUGACCAGACUGUGCGUGUAUGGGUCGUAGCAACAAAGGAAUGCAAGGCUGAGCUCCGAGAACAUGAGCAUGUGGUAGAAUGCAUUUCCUGGGCUCCAGAAAGCUCAUAUUCUUCCAUCUCUGAAGCAACAGGAUCUGAGGUGGGUCAUGAUAACUGGGUACGUGGAGUUCUGUUCCAUUCUGGGGGGAAGUUUAUUUUGAGUUGUGCUGAUGACAAGACCCUACGUGUAUGGGAUUACAAGAACAAGCGAUGCAUGAAGACUCUCAAUGCGCAUGAACACUUUGUUACCUCCUUGGAUUUCCACAAAACGGCACCCUAUGUGGUUACUGGCAGUGUCGACCAAACAGUAAAGGUGUGGGAGUGCCGUUGAUUGAGUCUCACUUGGCCCCUCCUCCCUUCUUUCCUCUGGAUGCGCUCUGAUGAUACCAUGGUUACCCCAUUGAGCUCUGUUUAAAUAAAUAUUGUCCUUUCAUGUAAAUUAUUCUGGAUGUAGAUUGAGCUUAUUAAAUGUUACACACAAAGUAUUCAUGCAUGGUGAAUCCAAAUUGUAUACUGUAAAUUUACAUACGUUGUCUAGAAGUACCAUAGGGUUUAAAAACCUGGGCUGGCAUUGGUCACACCAGGCCUAAGAAGGCAGAAGUUGAAAAAAAUUGAACUAGGGCACUAAACUGAAUAUUUGACAGUGUCAUUUUAUGUUGGAUUAUUAAUUCCUGUUUUUCUUUCUGCUAUCUGUUGGUGCCUGACUUGAUGGCCUCAUUUGGGGAAAAGUGGUGGUUAUUAGGGCUUUUUCUGAAAUGUAUAUCUAUGUAACAUCACUUAAGUGUGCUUAAUAAAUCUUCUUUAAGGAUGUUAGAUAAUAAGGCUACAAUUCAAAAUCUUCUGAACCAUCUAUGUAAUUAAUGGGGAUUACACAUUGGAAUUUUUGUCAUGACACAUUUGCCAAAUUAGUAGAAUUCAUUUGUUUUGGCAGCCUAUCAAGCAAAGGCUAGUGGUAUAUUUAUGUAAGAAAAUGACUGUAAAUCUCAAAUAAGAAAAAUCAGCAGCUAAUAGCAAUGUGUUUAUUUCAUUUGGGUCUUAAUGCUUUGUAAACAGGUUAAAAAACACUGUCAUACUCUAAGCUUCUAUUUUCCACACUAGACAUACUUCUAGUUGUAUUCUCCAUAUUAUUAGAGUGUAUAGUGAUGUGACUUCCAAGUAGAAUUUAAUCUUUCCAUUGAGUGUGUCAUGGUACAAAUCACUAUUUGUUUCUGAUGUUUUUUAGGGAUGUGCAAUGUGCAUUACAAUGACAGAGAAAUACUGAAAAGGUUAUGUUUGCCCAUUUUAAAGGAGUGGGAGAGAUACAGCAGUUUGUUUUUCAACAUGAAUCUGAUAUCAAUUUGAACUGUGUUUUACUUAAAAGUUUAUAAAAUGACAGGGUUUAACGGAACGUGCAUAAAAAUGUACUGUGUUUUCACCUUUGGUUUAUAUAUAAAUGUUUAUAAGUAUAUGGGCCUAUCUGUAAGCGGAUAAGUCUGUAUGUGUAUAUCACACACAUCAACCUCCAUGUCCUUGGUCCUGGGGUUUCGAAGAAGUGCUAAAACAGACAAGUAGAAUAAAUCUCACUGUGGAAUGCCAUGCUUCAGAACAAACCCUUUUUGAUCCUAAUUCUUCUGAAAACUACGUCUGACUCUGUGGGGAUUUUUUCCAGCUGAAGGAAAAUCACUUUUGUUAUUUCCCCCCUCUAAUUUGGCCGUUCAGCAUUUUACACAUCCCAGAUAUAUUGUAUAUUUUGAUCCAAAGUUAUUACAAGUAGGUGUAAGAGAAUUUUUAUCCAUGACGUUUGGAACACUCUUCAUUCCAUUGUCAAUAUUAAUAAAGAAUUCCAUUGCUUAGCUAACCAACGUGUUUUUUAAAGAAAGUUGUUUGAAAGUUAACAGAACAAUUAAAUUAACAGUGACAGUUUAACAAAAGAAAUUUAUUCUGAAUUUCAUUUUAUUCAUUUGUGUAAUAUGUGAUUUUUUAAAUGUCCCUUUUAGUAUUUAACGGAAAUUUGGUUCCUGAAAAAGACAAAGGGUGAGAGUUAACGUCCUGUAGAUAGACACACAGAGACUAGGCCAUGUAUUAAUGAGAAGCAGCUUUAUGUCUAGCUUGUGUCUUUUUGUUUGUUUGCUUGUUUGUUUUUAAUAUUUCCUGAGAGAGGUCUCUGGAAGGGAAAGUGUUUUUGAGAACUAAUGGCUAUUUUUGAGGACAAAAAUUACAUCUUAAGCUAAUUCCUUAAAUACAGUAGAUUAAACUUUCAGGACAUUAUUGCCUCACAGCCCUGCUUAAAUCGAGAAGUCUUUUUUCCCCUUCUUCUGACUGGAUUUUUCUACAGAAACUAUGGAAAAUAUCUUUGUUCUUGUUUGCUGCUAUUUCCUGUCCUAUUUUGAGAAAUAUAAAUACAUAGAAAUGGUGCAUCUUAACAUUUGUUUGUACAUGUAUAAAUGUCUUGUAUUUUAAUUCAUUUUUAGCAUGAAUUGUUUAAGGGUAAGCCACAACAUCUAGAAAUCACUCAUAGAUAUGAACAAUAAAGGAAAAAUGGUACUGAUGUAGGAGGAAACGAUUUCUUCCCCUGCAGCAUACAGUGACUUUCGUUGACAGAGGAGGAGAGACAAUUGCUCUGUAAACAAAGUUAUCCUUACUUGGGAGAUUGCCACAGCCUGCUGCUGAGUUGAGUUACCAGACAUCCUCCAUUUAAGAAGCAGCGAACAUUGAAUCUCAGGGAUGGUCCACAACUGGAUCCAAAUGUCAUGAGCCCUGUUUGAAUAAUGAAGGGGGUGGGGAGAGCAAUCCAUCUACAAUCUGGAAGCAGAUUUGCAAAGGUUUCCUGCACUGUUGUCUGACACUGCCCUGUUGAUGCCCUUUCUGACUCUGUGUUCUCUGUUUUCUCUGUCUGCUGUCUAACCCUGUGCCUUGCCUGGGAUAAGGACAAUGAUGAGGUUACUGGUUUGGAUUGUAAGUAGAGGACUUUAUUGAUUGGUUUAGAGGUUCAUUGCUGCUUUGUCACUUUCUCAAUCAAAUUGGCCACUUAUUUAAGAAAUAAAAAGCUGGUAGAAUUGCAUCCUCAGAUGAUUAUUGACUUUGUGUGUGUGUGAGAAGACAUUCCAGUGCCACCCUAAUACAAUGUGCCCAAGAAAUUCCAGCUGCACUCUUUGAGAGUGCAAGCCGUGGAAACUGUGGUGUAGACAUCGCUUGGAGACUAGUUGCUUGUUGCCAUGGCAUCUUGCACUUUAGGAGACUAAGACCGUCCUGUUGUGUCUGUGUGUGGUGUGACCAGUGGUGUGCCCGGAGCACUGCUCUACAAAUCACUAGUGUUAGCAAGUCAUCCAGGGCCGGAGGCGCUCCCUGUAGUCUUUGGAAGCUUUGGCUCCAGAGUCACCAGGCCCAGUCUCCUUACUGUCGGUGCCCUGCUCUCCUGUUUUCCUCUUUCUGUUUUCUGUGUGAACUUCCCAAUAAUAUUACUCAUUAAAUAGUUUUUUUUAAGUUUAUUUAAAGAAAAACUAUUUAAAAGUAAAGGAUAUUUUGUUUGUUGACAGUGGUGGUUUGAUAAUCCUUAAGCAACUGAGGUUAAAAUUGUUGAAGGAAAAGGCACUUAAAAUGGUUACUCUUUCUGUCCAGCUGUAUGUAAGUCCAAUGUGUUAAUUAAUUGAGAUGACGCAAAGAAGAAUCUCCUGGUAGAGAAGCGACAUGUACAAAAUUGGUGGGAAAAAGGUUUGGGGUUUUUUUUCCAGUGGGGGGGCGGGGGGCAAAUUGGAUUUACAAGUCUCGACUGAACUGAACGGGCCUUUUUAUCUUUCCACUAUAUCAUGGGAGUAGCUGCUUUCUUGUCCUGCCUAUCCUUCAGGCAUCCCUAAAGCUCACUCUGAAGAUGUUAGAAACACAGAAAUCUUGGAGUUAGAAGUUGAUCCUGACACUGACAUGAAGGCAAGCAUUGAUUUCAUAUAAACGUUGCAGAGGUGGUAAUUGAGAAAACAGUUCCCCAGAUUGUAAGAGUUAACUGAAGAUAUUGACACAAUUUUAAAAAAUCAGUAAAGGAAUGUAUAUAAUAUUGCUCUUGUGUUUUACAGUAAGAUUUGUUGCUCAGACUGUGUAAAACAAAAUUUAUUCAUGUUUUCUGCAUAUUAAAAAAUCUUAUUGUACCAAUUGGUAAACUAUUAAAUGCCUAUAAAACUA